AGUCUUUUUACCGCGCAGUUGUAAAACGUUUUCAACAAUUAAACAGAAUUAGUAAAUUCAAUUUAAAAUGGAAAGCGAACUACCAUUUAUGGCGGAAUACGCUAGAACUGGACGAGCGUCUUGUAAGGGAUGUAAAUGUUCUAUUCCCAAAGAUAACCUUCGCAUAGCUGUAAUGGUUCAAUCUGCCUUUCAUGACGCAAAGGUACCAAAUUGGUUUCAUAUAAAUUGUUUCUUUGAAAAUCAACGUCCUGGUUCUGUGGGAGACAUCAAGAAUUUUGAAAAUCUUCGAUUUAUUGACCAAAAGGAUUUGUCGGAUCGUGUUGGAAACCUGGAGCGUGUUAUACUUGCAAAAACUGGAAAGCGCUCUAAGGCCCAUAAAGCAGCUGUGAAAGACUUUGGAAUUGAAUAUGCGAAAUCAAGUCGGUCAAAGUGUCGUGGGUGUGAACAAACAAUAACAAAGGAUCAACUUCGAUUACGAAAAACUGUUUAUGAUACUGAAAUAGGUAUGAAGUAUGGAGGCCAGCCCCUGUGGCAUCACUUGGAUUGCUUUGCCCAACUGCGUUCUGAGCUUGGCUGGUAUGACUCUGGAGAAAAUAUGCCAGGUUAUGCGAUCUUAUCGUGUGAAGAUCAAAAGGAUGUUAAAGGUCAACUUCCAGCAAUCAAGUUUGAGGAAUCGCCAACAGCCAAAAAAACUAAACUGGAGCUAACAAACAAAAAAACGGAAGAAGAUGAAAAGAUAAAACUUAUAAAGAGUCAAAAUGAUUUAUUUUUUAAGUUUCGAGAUGAAAUUAAAAAUGUUAUGAAGAAGACAGAUAUUGACCAACUUUUAAAGUUAAAUAAUCAACAGCCAAUAACUGGUGAUUCCGAAAGGUUAUUAGAUCAAGCUGCAGAUUUAUUGACAUUUGGUGCUAUAGAGUCAUGUUCUGAAUGCGGCAGUUCUCAGUUCAUUUUUAACAACUCUGGCUAUGUAUGUAACGGAAAUCUUUCUGAGUGGACCAAAUGCACCAAGUUAUUAACAGAACCGAUCAGAUCAGCGUGCAAGGUUCCAAAAGAUCUUAAAAAAACGUAUACUUUCUUAAACCAAGUAAAAAAACAACCAUCAACACGUUUAUUUCAAUUUCUUCCUCCUAGUGAAGGUACUCUAUCAAAAAAUCAACUUACAAAAAAAUGUAGCGAUGAAUUUGAUAGUCCAAAGAUUACUCGUAAAAAACCGCCGUUAUACAAUCUUAAAUUUUCAAUUAUAGGGUUGAAAGACCAGGAAAAAAUAUUAAAAAAGCGAGUUGAAAAAUUGGGCGGAAAUUGUGAAUCUGCCAUAUCUGAAAAAACUAUAGCAAUAAUAUCCACAGAACAAGAAGUAGAAAAAAAAUCUCGUCGUAUGGAGACAGCAAAGAGGCUUGGUAUUCAUAUUGUACCCAUUGAAUAUUUGGAUUUUGUGGAGUGUGACGGCGACGGAGCUAUAAAUUAUAUAAGCAGCAUGAGUAUUUGCGAUUGGGGAACUGAUCCAACAACAAGAGUUACACAAGAAACAACAAAAAGCUUAAAAUCAAAGAGUAUAUAUACGAAGUCUAUGCCAAUAUCCAAGACGUUUAAGGUAAAAGAUGGUCUGGCCGUAGAUCCGGACAGUGGGCUUGAGGACAUAGCCCAUGUAUAUGUCGAGAAUAGAAACAAAUACAGUAUUGUGCUUGGCUUGACUGAUAUUCAGCGGAAUAAAAAUUCUUAUUACAAAUUGCAGCUUUUGGAAGCAGACAAAAUGAAAAAGUACUGGAUAUUUCGUUCAUGGGGGCGAAUCGGAACAAGUAUUGGAAGCUCAAAGGUUGAGGAAUUUAACUCGAGUGAAUCUGCCAAAAUAAAAUUUCAUGAAGUAUAUGCUGACAAAACAGGAAAUAAUUUUGAGAAUCGAGACACUUUUGUUAAAAUUGUUGGACGAAUGUACCCCAUACAAAUUCAGUAUGAUGAAGACCCAAAGUUGUUUAAAAAUAGUUGCCAUUCUGUUGAUUCUAAAUUGGAGAAAUCCCUACAAAAUUUAAUAAGUCUCAUGUUUGAUGUUGAUUCUAUGAAAAGAACAUUGUUGGAGUUUCACAUUGAUAUGGAAAAAAUGCCACUGGGAAAACUAAGUGUAAAUCAGAUUCAAUCUGCUUAUAAAGUCGUGACAGAAAUUUUUAAUUUAAUAGAGGUAGGAUCCAGUGAUAAUAAAUUUAUUGACGCGACAAACAGGUUUUAUACAUUGAUUCCCCAUAACUUUGGAGUUCAAUCUCCAACUGUUAUUAAAACUCAGAAACAAAUCGAAGACCUUCGACAAAUGCUUGAUUCUUUAUCAGAGAUUGAAGUUGCCUACAGCUUAAUCAAAGCCCAAGAUGAGACUAAUAAUACCAAUCCUUUGGAUAAAAAUUACGCACUAUUAAAAACACAAUUAGAUCCUCUUGAUAAAGAUAGUGAAGAGUUUUCAAUUUUAAGCAAAUACGUGAGGAAUACGCAUGCUUCUACACAUUGCUCGUAUGAACUGGAGAUUGUAGAUGUGUUUAAAGUGGCUCGCCAAGGAGAAGCAAGGCGUUACAAACCGUUCAAGAAGUUGCAUAAUAAAAAACUGUUAUGGCACGGAUCUCGGCUGACGAAUUUCGUUGGAAUACUAUCGCAUGGUCUUAAAAUCGCUCCCCCAGAAGCACCACCAACAGGAUAUAUGUUUGGGAAAGGCAUAUAUUUUGCGGAUAUGGUGUCGAAAUCAGCUAAUUAUUGUUGCACUAGUCAACAAAACUCAACUGGUUUAAUGAUUCUUUCUGAAGUUGCUUUGGGAGAUAUGAUGGAAUGCACUUCAGCAAAAUAUAUUACAAAACUUCCAAAGGAUAAGCAUAGUUGCUUUGGUCACGGUCGGACGAUGCCAGAUCCCAGCAAUAGCUACAUAAGAAAUGACGGUGUCGAAAUACCAAUUGGAGAAGCGGUAACCAGUGAAAACCUUAGGUCAUCGUUAUUAUACAAUGAAUAUAUAGUAUAUGAUAUAGCUCAGGUUAAUAUACAGUAUUUGUUUCGAAUGGAAUUUAAGUAUAAGUACUAAAAAUAAAUUGGUAAAACUUCUUUAUUCAAUAUAAAA